AUGGCCGAGGGCCUGGCCAACACACAACCACCACCGGGCACGGUGAUCGUCGAGGAGCCGGGAAACGGUGCCCGUGGUCGGCGCAACAACUCGAUCGCAUGCCUCAAUUGCCGGAGACGAAAGGUCAAGCAGUUGCCACCGGACAGUGUAGCAGUGAUGUACCAAAGUGCUCUAACUGCCACCUCUAUGAUGUCGAGUGCACCUAUGUUCAAGAUCGACGCAGCGCGCAGAAUACCGGUUCAGGGACCGUCGAGGCAACGGCUCAACGGUACUCAGUCACGGACCGUCAAAGGCUUCACAAAGGGCUCGACUCCGCCGCCACACCAAAACUUCUCGCAUUUCAAUGUCGAUCUCGACUUUGGAGACCUGGCGGAGGAGGCGAGCGGUGACGCCCGGGUCUCCGACGACAUCCUCCUCGCCAUGGCCUCGACGUCGACUCAGGACUGGCCGGGCUGGAUCGAGGGCGGCGAGACGUCUGACCCUUUCCAUGACCUCGCAGGCGUCGUCCCCGGCGACGGCCUCCCAGCCGAGCUCUGUCCCUUCAACAUCGAGCUCCCGUUCAGCCAUCCCGAACAUGACUCUUUUCCCGAAUCCGAGCAUGGCGAGUACCCUGGCGAACGGCAGGACACCCUCUCCCCACCCAUGAAUCCCCCCGCCGCCGGUACAGUCGGCGCUCCGUCCAAAGACGAUCGGGCCCGCAAGUGGUCCGUCGUGACAUCGGCUCCUAGCCCCGACGACGACGCGAGCGACGUGACGGAGCAGCUGACCAACCGACUGGGCCGGCUCCAGAUUGCGGAAGACGGCCAUCCGCGCUACUUUGGCUCGACCAGCAACCUCUACAUUCUCCAUCACGGACCCAAGUCGUUGCACAAACCCAAUAUCCGCGACGUCAUGACCUUGGGCGACGCGGCGGCCGACAAGGCCGGCUACCACUGGACCCCCGCCGCCGAGUACGAGGCCGAGUUGAUCACCCUCUUCUUCAGCUGGUACAAUGCCCUGGUCAACGUGGUCGACCAAGACAUCUUCUUCCGUGAGCGGGCGCUGUUCAAGUCCGGCAAACGCAGCGACUUGUACUCUCCAGCCCUGGAGAACGCGGUUUAUGCCAUCGGCGCCAUGGUUACCACGACCCCCCAUCCCGACAUUCCGGGCAGUGCUGACGAAUUCUUCGGCUUUCGCACCAAGGCAUGCCUCGACAUCGAGAUCGACAGCCCCACGCUCGCCACCGCGCAAGCGCUCCUGAUCCUGUCCGCCCUCGAGGCGGCCCAUUCGCGCGACUCCCGUGGUUGGAUCUAUGUCGGCAUGGCGGUCCAGAUCGUCUCCGACCUCGGGCUCCACCUCGACCUUCAGCAACAAUAUGCCGCCCUGUGCGGGUCGGGAGGCAGCAGCAGCAGGACAGGCAAUCCGGACGACGUCAACAUCCUUCGCAUCAAUCUAUUUUGGGCCUGCAAAACUUUGGACACGCUGUGGGGUGCUCUGAGCGGGCGUCCCACGUUGAUGGGCAACAUCAUUAACAACGUGCCGAGUCCCAUUCCCUCGCGCACGUAUACGUGGACGUACUACACCAACAAGUUCAGCACCAUGACUUUCCCCCCCGACUUUGACUUUGGUGUCGCCGCCCACGUUCCUGUUCAUCUGGCGAGCCUGGCCAUGAUCAUGGGCAAGAUCUCCGAGACUUUAUACUGCGGCGUGCCCAACAACAUUUCCAACCUGACGUCGUUUGUGGAGGACCGCGAGUCCGAACUUCGGCGGUGGUUUUGCUCGUUGCCGCCAGCAUUGACCAUUGACAAGACGACAUCGUUGUCAGCCGUCUAUCUGCCGUGUGUGUUGGAAUUGCACCUCCAAUACUACGACGCCACCAUCCUCCUGCACCGCCCUCAGAUCUCGGCCUCGGAUCGGUCGUCGCCAACGCGGACGUCCUCGCUCGACAAGUGCAUCAACGGUGCCCGCGACAUCUGCCGGAUCCUGGUCCACUACCGUCGGCGCUACGGCCUCCAGCGCAUCCACUGCUCCAUGGUGCACGUCACCAUGACCGCCAGCCUUAUCCACGUCUUCCAUCUGUACCUCUCCGACACGGCAGGGGUGGACAAUGCCGAGGCGCAGGGCUACUUUUCCACCUGCAUCCAGGCGCUGGGCGAGAUGGGCCAGACGUACAAGAGCGCCCUGAGGGCGUUGGACGUCCUCUUGUCCCUGCGGCAGAACUGGCAGUACGCCGCCUCGACGAAUCCGACGGCAAAGAAAUUGCGGUCUGGCUGA